AUGGUGAAGAAUGAGUUUGAUGUUGUAGCAGACGAUCUCGACAGACUUACACUUGACCCGAAACUCCAUUCUCUCAUCGCUUCCUAUGCUACCCUUGAGCCUUCUGACUUAUUUGCUCUAAAACAGGCGAUAGAAGAGGAGCUGCUUCGCCUGUUUCAUAUGCUGCAAGAUCAACACAAGUGUGAUCUUACAAGCCCGUUAAUCACUCCAGAAGGAUUCCCUCGUUCGGAUGUCGAUGUUCUUCAGAUACGUUUACUCAGACGUAAUAUCAAUAUGCUUCGUAACGACCUAAAGAUGGUUAUUGAACGUUGCGAGAUCGUGUUGCCUCGACAACUUCAGCAGCAGCAGCAGGAGCAGCAAGAAACACCCAGAAGCAAAUCAAAAAUACCAGAAGCAACAAUUCCAUUUGCAGUUGUCACAGAAGUAACCCCCAACAGCCCAUCAUCCUUGGCAGGAAUCUUAAGCGGUGACAAGAUUGUAACCAUUUCAAAUAUCCACGCAGGUAACCAUCAGAAAUUGGCUGCGGUAGGCCCAGUCGUGAAAAAGCAUGAGCGCCACAAGCUUCCACUAAGAGUGCUUAGAACUGAUGGCUCCUUCCAUGACCUCAUUUUAGUGCCGUCAAAGUGGGCCGGGCCUGGUUUACUAGGCUGCAGGCUCUCUGAACUCUAA